CCACAAUUCCUUGCCUCUCACUCUCGCGAUAAGCACGAUGCUCUCCCCCUAAUCAAAAUCCCAAAUCUCUCUUCUUCCCCCUCCUCCUAAUUCCUUCAAGAACACGCAGACCACCCAAGAACAAAGCUCGGCGCUUUGCCCAAGAAGCUUGACAACCCGAGACUCUCUCUCUCUCUCUCUCUCUCUCUCUCUCUCUCGAGCUUAGGAGAGUGGGCACGGGCGAACGUACAUGAUGGUGUCGAGGAAGUGCGAGAGCCCCGCGUCGAGGCUGCGCUGCCUGCUCGCGGUGGCGGUGACGGCGGCGGCGGUGAUGGGGUCGGGGCGGUCGGACAUGGACCAGGACCGGGCGGAGUGCGCGGACCAGCUGGUGGGGCUGGCGAGCUGCCUGCCGUACGUGGGCGGGGACGCCAAGUCCCCCACCAUCGACUGCUGCACGGGGCUGAAGGGGGUGCUGCAGAAGAGCAAGAAGUGCCUGUGCAUCCUCAUCAAGGACCGCGACGACCCCAACCUCGGCCUCAAGAUCAACGCCACCCUCGCCCUCGGCCUCCCCACCGCCUGCCACGCCCCCGCCAACAUCUCGGCCUGCGUCGAUCUCCUGCACUUGCCGGCCAACUCGACCGAUGCCAAGCUGUUCAGGGGGGCCGCGAACAGCACCACCGUCAGCAGCGCCACGGCCACCCCGGCCGCUAGCGCGAAUUCCACGAGCACUGGUGGUGGAUCGGCUGAAGCGAAGAGCCACGGCGGGGAUCGGACGACGAAGAGGUGGUGGGCACUAGAGAUCGUGUGCGGAGUCCUGAUGAUGGCGUUGCUAACACCGAAUCGAAUGUGGGGUGCUUGAUUUGGUUCGCGCGAUCGCGCUUUCUUUCUUUUUCUUUCUUUCUUCUUGUUCGAUACGGACGAUGUUGUCUUUGAUUAGGUGGUCGAUCCAAACCUUUCCAUUUUCGCUGGCUUAACGAUGUCGAUCAUUUGGAUUUCGGAUUGAAUAAAGAAGGACGAUGCACAUAAUUUGAGUGAGA